GACACGAUCGUCGGUUGUGAGCGUAUAAGCAUAGGGAAAUGCCGCUCAUUUUGAAGAGAAUUUCAGGACACAUGGUUACAUAAUAAUCAUUCAGACGCAUAUUCAAGGUAUGCUUAAGUUAUCACUGUCUAUACUGAAGAUUUGUUUGGAGAAUUUACAGGUGAUGGUUCGCGAUUUCACGCUGAAAUCAGUGGGGUGCGGCACCACAUCAUCUACAUGUAGGCCCACGUGCUAAGACGGCCACUGCCCGACCGUGUGAUUGAGCGUUCCACGGUCGGCAAUGGUUGGACGUGCCUGAUAGUGGUGCCUCAUGGUUGUUGUGAUUUACUAGUCUAGGACAAAUUUGUUCUGGCUUCUGACUGUCGGAGCACAAAGCAUUCAGAAUGUUACCAUUAGAAUCAUUGGCAGACUUUCAGAAGAAGUUCCUGUCCUGGAUGUGUGGUGCUAAUGCUUCUGAAACUGAAGUCCUGCGUGACAGGCUACUGGCAAACCCUGACCAAUUCUCAGACUCCUUUCAGAAGCUUCUGUUGAACACUUGUCUGAUUGACUCUGCAACUGCCAUCCCCCAUGCUCUUGCAAUCAUUUUCUUCCCCCUCGUGCUCCUCGGCAUCCGCUGCUGCGCCAAUCUGAAAGGGGUCAACAAGACCAGAUACCUCCUGAAGUAUCCUGGCCAUGACAGGAGAUGGGUGUGCACAUUUAUCCUCAUCGUCACUCUGAUCGGCAGUGUGCUAGAAGGCAUGAUAACUGAAGUCACGUUCCACCACCAUCCAGCCAAGCCGAUCCAGCCUCAUUUGUACCUCCCAGAUGCUUGUGCGGUACUAGCUACAAUCUUGUCAAUCUUGUAUAACCACCAAAUGGAAGUGUGGCAACGGCCUCGGAUGGCCUGGCUGCUCGUUCUCUACUGGUUGGUAACCGUAGCCGCCAAUGCACUCUAUCUUCUACACCUCGCAUAUCUCCAGUUAGCCAGUUUGACCAUUAUAGCUUUUGAUUUUACUGUCAUCACCACAGCCCUGCAUGUCUUCCUAUUUCUGAAUGAAGUCAAUGUCAUAAGGUUGAAGAUUCUUUUCUGCAAGUCACCAAGUGCCAGUCCCAAAGCACAGGAAAAAGAUGCUCAUCUCCCGUGUUCAGCCCUGCCCUCAGACCUCGUUGACCCUGAGAUGCACUUUCUGGAUGAGCACUGCAGUACACUCUCUCGCAUCACUUUCUCCUGGCUGGGAGAACUCCUGAAGAAAGGUUUUCAGCGCCCCUUGGAGAUGGAAGACCUCGGAUCUCUGCCUGAGAUUCAUGGAGCACGAUUCAACCACGAGAGAUUCACCAAAGUGCUUGAGAAAGAAAGGACAAAGGCAGCGUAUACUGGCCGGGUUCUUCAGUUGUGGCGAGUGUGCAUGCAUGCUUACUGGAGGGACAUCGUGACCACCGGAGGGAUCAGACUGGUAGCCGAAUUAGCUCGCUUCAUCAAUCCACUCUGCAUUAGUGGCAUUGUCUUAUUCAUUACCGAGAAUGAGACCAAGAAGAGACAAAUGGAAGAGCCUCAUUUUCUAACAGUACAAGAAUACUUCUCCAAUGGCUUUGUUCUGAUUGGUCUGAUGUUCAUCGGCACCAUCAUCCGCUCACUGUGCAUGGCGACAUACUGGCAGUGGACUGUUCUUCUGUCCCAGCAUGCCUACAGUGCAGUGCAGACUGUUGUGUAUGAAAAAUCUCUCCGCUUGAGGACUUCCUCCAAUGGUGCUGGCUCAGUGAAUGUUGGUCGGAUCACCAACCACGUAUCGGUUGAUGCCAGUAACAUAUAUUAUUUUUUCAUGUCAAUGCACCAGGCCUGGAUCAUGCCUACACUGGGAAUACUGACCAUGAUUCUCCUGUUCAUGGAGAUAGGGGCCUCAGCACUGCUGUGCGCAGUGCUCCUGGCCGUGACUCUCUUCGUUCAUUUGAGGAUAGCCUGCCUGACUGCGCAGAUACAAAAGAGGGUCAUGCUUUUUUCAGACGAGCGCCUUAAGAAAUGCAACGAGAUGUUCCAGGGGAUCAAACUGCUCAAACUCUAUGGCUGGGAGAAACUCCACUGUCGGUCGGUCAACAAGGUCAGGACCAGGGAAUUGUGGGAAAUACUCAAGAUCAACAUCCUACUCGCUACGUCAGAUCUCCUGACAUAUAUUUUACCCCUCUUCGUUACUUUGACGGCGUUUGGCUCAUACACAAUCUUGAGUGGGGAGCCCUUGACCCCUGAUGUGACCUUUGCAUCCUUUACCCUCUUCAAUAUCGCCAUGACCGUUAUCUCCAAUUUCCCAUUGGCCUUGGCAUCCUACGUCAAUGCUUUGAUUAGUUCAAGGAGGUUGCAGGACUUUUUGUCCACUCCUGAAGUUGAGAAGAGAUGUCAAGAUGGAUCAGAUGAUGAUGCAAGAGCACCACUGUCUCCUGUGUAUGAAGAAUCAAAUACAUUUGAGGAUGUGAUCACCAAACGCAGCAGACGAUUUCUGACCCGCAAGCGCCGCGAGAGUGACAGUGGUGAGCUGUUACCAGCCACACCCCCGCCCCUCCUGAAGGACAACACCCCCAGUUCCUCUCCAUCCUCCACGUCUCCGAGUGAAGACAGCGAUAACAGGAGGAAUAACCUUGAUGGGUUGCCCAGCAACGUGGCCGUCAAGAUAGACAGUGGCAGUUUUUCCUGGGAUUUUGACAGCAAUGUGCCAGUUAUCUCUGACAUCAAUGUUGAGAUUCCGGCAGGAAAGUUGACAGUGAUCAUCGGCCCUCUAGGAGGUGGGAAGUCCUCUCUUGGCCAAGCCAUCUUGGGAGAAAUGAGGACGCUAUCUGGAAGUGUCAAAUUCAGAAAGAGGAGGAAUACCAUCGCCUUUGCUGCCCAGAGACCUUGGCUUAUCAAUGGCUCACUACGGGAUAACAUUUUGUUUGGUCAACCCUACCAUGCGAAGAGGUAUCAGAAGGUUAUCAAAGCCUGUGCCCUGCAGGCAGACAUUGAGAUCCUUCCAGCAGGGGACCUGACCGAGAUUGGUGAGAAGGGACUCAACCUGAGCGGUGGACAGAAGCAGCGGGUCAGUAUUGCCAGGGCCAUUUACUCGGAGCGCAGCAUUGCUGUCAUGGAUGAUGUUCUGUCAGCUCUUGACAUGCGCAUCAGCGCCCAAGUGUUUGAGGAAGGCAUCGUGAGAAUGAUGCGGAGAUCUCGUCAGACGGUCAUUCUCAUUACACAUCAUCUGCAGUGCCUGCAGAAAGCCGAUCACAUCAUAGUGAUGAAGGACGGUAAGAUCAGCAGGCAGGGGUCCAGGCAGGAGAUUGCCCGCCUGGACCCCGAGCUUUACUGCCGCUGGAAGAGGGCCGUACAUCUGGUCAGUGAGUCCGAGACGGAGUCGGAGGUGGAAUCAGAGACGAUGAGAGAGGAGAGGCAGAACCUGCUCAAGCAGGUCUCCAUGCAGAUGAUGGAGGGGGAAGACAGGAGGAAGCCAGGAGCCAAAGAUGGGUCUCUAACCCAAGCGGAAGACCGUGAGAUUGGCCCAGUGUCUUACAAGGUGUACCUGUACUACCUGCGAGCAAUGGGACUCAGAGCUAUGGCUCUGAUCGUAGCAACAUACCUGAUGAGAGAGUCACUUAAAAUGAGCGGCAACUUCUGGCUGUCCAGCUGGUCAAUGGCUGGCUUGCAGGCCAAGGAGACCGGUCUGGAGGCGGAGUCGGUGACCCUUCCCUACCUGCUAGGCUACACGGUCAUCGUCAUUGGUUGUAUCUUAGCAGCCAGCGUGGCCAAUGCGAGCCUCGUCUAUGCCAUUGUGGUGGCUGCUAAACAUCUCCAUGCUGGCAUGCUGAACAACAUUACCAAGGCACCGAUGAGAUUCUUUGAUACCACACCGGUGGGCAGAAUCCUGAACAGGUUUUCCUGUGACACUGCCGUCAUUGAUAGGGACGUCAUAGAGACAGCCGACAACGUUCUCUUCUAUCUUUUGUCCUGCAUUGCGGCUUUCCUCAUCAACAUCAUCGUCAUGCCCCUGUUUGCUGUUGCCUUCUUACCCGUCUUGCUGGGCUACCUUGGGUUGCAGAAAUACUUCAUCGCAAGUGCAAGAGAGCUGAAACGUCUACAGAAUAUCUCCAAAUCUCCCAUUGUGGCUCAUUUCACUGAGUCAUUUGAUGGACUUUCCACCAUUAGGGCUUACAGGGCUGAGAAGCGCUUCUUGGAUAUAGUCCAGCAAAGAGUGACAAUCAAUGCUACGGCAUUCACCUACCUAUGGUGUACCUAUCGCUGGGUUAGAGUCAGAAUGGACAUGCUUGGAUCAUUGUUGGUGUUGUUUGUAAGUGUUGGUACCAUGUGCGGUGCAAUAUACAGCAAUCUAGAUGCCAGCUUGGCUGCUUUGGCUAUUACAUACAUCCUGCGGGUAUCAAGCCAGGUGAACUGGUUGGUGCGUUACACCACAGACUGCGAAAUUCAGAUGAAUUCAGUUGAGCGGGUUAAGCACUAUAGCAGCUUGGCCAAUGAGCUGUACGACGGAACGAACCCUCCGGCCGACUGGCCAGAUCAGGGGCGGGUGACGUUCAGCAACGUGUCACUGCGAUAUGCCAAGGAGCUGCAGGCAGUGGUGGAGGGGGUGAAUGUGGAAUUACGCCCCGGCGAGAAGGUUGCUCUGUGCGGCCAGACUGGAAGUGGAAAAACAUCCCUAGCAUUGUCUCUCUUCAGAAUAUUGGAUAUUUGUCAAGGUCAGAUAUUCAUCGAUGGUGUAGAUAUCACCACAGUGCCGGUGGAGGUUCUACGCCGAGCUCUGUCAAUCAUACCCCAAGAUCCUGAACUCUUCACAGGCACCAUCAGGAGAAACUUGGACCCGGAAAGGCAGUGCACAGACAUCGAGCUGUGGGACUCCUUGGAGAUUGCUCAACUCAAACAAGUGGUGUCCAGUCUGCCAAAAGGCUUAGAUUCUGAGGUGGUAGGGGGAGGUGAGAAUUUCAGUGGUGGGGAACGUCAGCUGUUCUGCUUGGCCCGUGCUUUUUUGAGAAAAUCUCGCAUCCUGGUCAUGGAUGAGGCCACGGCUUCCAUGGACAUUGACACAGACAAGAUUUUGCAGGAAGUGGUAGCAACUACCUUUGCCGAUCGCACCAUCUUAACCAUUGCUCAUCGCAUUUCCACCAUUAUGAACUUUGACACGGUCCUGGUUCUGAGUAACGGCAAGAUCGUCGAGAAUGACUCACCAAUGAACUUAAUAGGCAAAGAGGAUAGUGUGUUUGCUUCAUUGGCGAGAGGGAAUGAGUAGUGAGUCGAGCACAGUGAGUUGGAACACUAGAGUGUUCUCAUCGUUCUAUUUUUGAGGAAAAAGGAUCACAGUAUUUAAAUGCGACUUGAAGAUAGAUAUUGUGCUUGAGUUUGUCACAAAGUAGUUUUGUUUUUGCCAGUGCGCAGUAUAAUAUCCACGUUCAAAAAUUCCUCUUCAAUAACUAUUCGUUUUUUUGUUUAACCAACACUUUCCUUUUUUUGCCAAAUUUUUUUCCUCUGUACUUCAAAACAGACAAGAUGAUUUGAGACGGAAGCACGCAAGCUCAUCCUUGGUCAGUGCUUGUGCAGCUCACAGCAUGCGUAUUGUUGUGUUUGAAUGACCUCUGACAUGCUUCUUUUGCGAGCUUGCACAGUUUGAAUAUUGAACAGGCUCAAUCAUCAGUUAGGAUUGCUAGGUUGUGAUCUGUUGGGAGAGGAGCUGGGUAAGAAGCUGAGAAUUGAUGUGAAUGAAAAAAAAUUUUGAAUUUUGAAGGAGUUUUGAAGACUCAGAAAGCUGAGUUUUUUUUUUCCAGGAGCAGUAAUUUAGCCAUGUAGUAAAAAUAUCUCUGCUUCCAAACCAUAAAAGUUUGGGCGGAUUUCAAAAGGCAGAAAUUGUAUUUAUUGGGAUUUGAUGAUUGCCUUGAUAUGUUAAAUAUUUAAACUUGUUUUAUUACAGCCGAGUAAAAGAAAUGGCUAUUGUUCAUUUGAGGCAAAUACUUUGUUAUAAAGAUCAUAGAAAUAUAUAUGAUCUACUUUUUCCAUGAGAAAAGCAGAAGUUUGAUCUUGUUUUCAUAAAUUGAUGCUUUGUGAAAAUCUUGAGCUACCAUUGGAAUUUGAAACACAAUGAAUGUUACGUGGUAAUCGAAGGAAAAUCAAAUCUGAUUGUUUAGAUUUAUGUGGUAACUGUACUGUUCCUAGGGGUAUUUGUAUGGAGGGCGGUAGAGUCAAUAAAUAUUGAAGUUGUUGCCCCCCAAAAAUCCAAUUAGCAUUUUAUAUGCAGCGCCCAAGGAUGCGUCCCUUUGGUUUUUUGAAAUGUUACAUCUCAUAUUACAGCGGUCGUGGUCUUGAUGUUUUUCGCUUGUACAGAACGUAGGGGCAACAAAGGAAUCUUUGAACAUAAGCAAUUAGUUGUCCUUGUAAAGUGCAGAGGCGGGUGCAUGCUCAUGGCAUCAUACAACACUGGUUGAUGCAAUGGUUAAUAGUGAGCGUGACAUGCAGUUGUUGCUGUCACAUGAUCAUUCUGGGCCAAUGAGAAAACAGCAUUCAAGACAGCUGACAAACCAUUUUGGAAGAUGUUUCAUGCUAUGCUGAAUAUAUUUGCAUGGCAGUUGUCGACUGUUUUCUUGCUAUCUUCAUCCAUUUGUUUUGUAUGAUAAAAAGAAGUUCUGUAGGAAUUUAGGCAGAUUUCUUGUAGAGGUUGUUGACCGAUGGAAUGUUCUAUUGCAUCAUGAAUGAAACAUUCCGACCAUUGCCUCUUUGAAUUUUCAUAUCACUGCACUCAUGAGCAUUAAGCAGUUGAACUUCAUGAAUAGGAGCUCCUUCGGACUUUACAGAUUACCUUAACAGGAACCUUGUGUUAUCAUGAAUGCAAAUAAACAAAUGAUUGGGACCUAAA